AAUGCCUGGGAUGAGCGCGGGACGGCGGUGGUACGCGCGAGAGCUUGGCCGGGCCACGUAGCGGGGCUGAGGACACCGGUGCGCAGGUAUCUCCGCAGCCCAUAUCGCACAUCAACAAAUGAUCUCACACACAUUUGCACAAAGAAACUAUUGGCAUUGCCCUUUCUAAAUGCACAUCCGCGAAUGUAGAGGCAGAGCGAGCGAGAGAAGUGCGCGUGCAACCCUGAAUCUGUGCAACUCUGAUUGCACGAACGCAAGAGGGAGGUCGCUCUCGACGGAGGUAAUGCACUGUAAAUGGCUCUUCAAGCAAUACACAGAAGUCAUUUCAGCAGCUCCAUGUCUGGCAUUCAGUUUGUCUUGUCCUGCGCUGCAGUUUGAAGACACCGGCACCCUGCAGGGCAGCAGCCUUCAGAGAAACUGAAUCUUGGAUCUGCCUACACCUCACAUAUAACUCGAGAGGAAUUUAGCUUCAAAUGUUCAGCAUCAAAGAUUCUGAGCCUUUGAUUUUGCAGUCUGAUUUUUAAGCACAUGGAACAAAUCUUGGAACAGAUUGUAUGUCUUUCCGACUGCAUUUCCUACCUUGGACAGCAUGGAUGCUCUUUUUGAAUCAGGUUGACUAUCUGUCGCCUCAUCCCCUCCUUCCUGUCUCCUCAGUAGAAGGAGGGUGGGGGAUUGGUGUGGUGUCCCCUGCCCCUCCUUGUAGAGUAGGUUAGUCUACCUUGGCACCAUAGCAGUUAUUCUUUUCCAUUGCCUUGUGCAUCCACCAACUCCAUCCCUCUAUACCCUCUCCCUCUUCAUGAAAUCCUGCAAGAGCCUCAAGGAAGAGGUUUCUGUCCCUAGCCUUGGCGGGAUGUCACAGGAGGAGGGACGCAGGGCGCCAGUGUCCCAGUCCUAUUUUCACUCCCCUAACCCUGAUCUGGACCUGACGGGCAAGCUUUAUAAGAGGGAGGUUGGUGGUAAGCCGUAUUCUGUCCUAGUGGACAAUAAAAUGGCAGCCAAGACGUCCAUGGGAGAUCAGAACAUCGGUCAGUUGCCGACUCAACAUGCGACUCAGCAGCAACAUCAGCAGUAUUUCAGAGAGGGAGGAGCAGGGCAGGAGGUGGGGACACACGGGUCCCAGGCUGGAAACGAUGGCACCUCUGACGACACUGACGAUGAUGACGAAGAUGAGGAGGAAGAGGGUGAGGAUGAGGAUGAAGAUGAAGAUGGGGAGGAUGAGGGCUUCAAGCGUGAGCAGAUCAUCGUGGAGGUAAACCUGAACAACCAGACGCUUCAUGUAUCCAAGGGGGACAACAAAAGUGGAACCGCGGCAGAUGACUCAGAGAGAGCUGGCAGCGACGACGACGAUGAUGAAGAUGAGGAGGAGGAAGAGGAGGAUGAGGACACUCCCGAUGAGGAGGAAGAAGAAGACGAGGAAGAGGAAGACGACGAGGAAGAUGAGCUCGGGAGUCGACGGACAAGGUCAAAGCGGGCCCGUCGUGGUUCUAGUAGCGCGGCAGCUCCAAGCCAGCCACGGAGGAAAAGCCUCAGAACGGCUCUGAGCACCGCCACCGCAGGAAUGACCACCAGGGGCCGACGGAAGCGCAUGGAGCCUCCGAAGAGCAAGCGCAGGUCGGCCAGAUCAGCUCCAUCGUCCGCCGGUUCCAUGACCACGACGAUGGCAGGGAAAGCAGAGGUGGAGGAGAAGGAGAUGCUGGCUUGUGAGAAGUGCCCGCGAGUGUUCAACACACGCUGGUACCUGGAGAAGCACAUGAACGUCACACACAGGCGAAUGCAGAUUUGUGACAAGUGUGGCAAAAAGUUUGUCCUGGAGAGUGAGCUGGCCUUACACCAGCAGACUGACUGUGAGAAGAACAUCCAGUGUGUCUCCUGCAACAAGUCUUUUAAGAAGCUGUGGUCACUGCAUGAGCACAUUAAGAUUGUGCACGGCUAUGCCGAAAAGAAGUUCUCGUGCGAAAUCUGUGAGAAGAAGUUCUACACUAUGGCACAUGUCCGUAAGCACAUGGUUGCUCACACUAAGGACAUGCCAUUUACCUGUGAGACGUGUGGGAAGUCGUUUAAACGCAGCAUGUCUUUAAAAGUUCACUCACUCCAGCAUUCUGGAGAGAAGCCCUUCCGUUGUGAGAACUGUGACGAGCGGUUCCAAUACAAGUACCAGCUGCGCUCCCACAUGAGCAUUCACAUCGGACACAAGCAGUUCAUGUGCCAGUGGUGUGGCAAAGACUUCAACAUGAAACAGUAUUUUGAUGAGCACAUGAAAACACACACAGGAGAGAAGCCUUUCAUUUGUGAGAUCUGUGGGAAGAGCUUCACCAGCCGGCCCAACAUGAAGCGCCACCGUCGCACACACACCGGGGAGAAGCCCUAUCCCUGCGAGGUCUGCGGCCAGCGCUUCCGCUUCUCCAACAUGCUCAAAGCACACAAAGAGAAGUGUUUCCGGGUCACCAGCCCUGUGGUCCUGCAGACCAGCGGCCCACCUGUGCCUGUCCGCCUCUUUGCCAACACCUUCUCCUCCUCUUCCUCCACCUCUGUUCCCAGUCCCUCAGCUCCCACCCCGGCCACCACCUCAGCACCCCUGGGCCUCAAUCCAACAGGAGGCUCUAUGCCUCCCCGAGGCCCCGUGGGACACACAUUCUCCCACGUACAGCUCCACUCAAACCCCUCUCACCACCAUCCCCACCCGCCAACAACCCAGCAACACCUCUCAAACGCACCCCAACAUGCCCCGCCUCACCCCCACCACCACCUGGCAGUGCCCCCAGUCUCCCACCUGCCCCCGCCCCCGGCCCUUUUCAAGAGCGAGCCCUUAAACCACUGUGGGCACGAAGACAGCAGCUACCUGCACCACAUGGCCCCCCCUGACAAGGGCCCAGGGGCCCCACAGCACCACUGAACUGUGCUCCAGCUCUGCAGGCCCACACCAAACCGCGCCUUGUUCCUCCUCUUCUCAUAGUCCUGCCUCAGUCUCUCAGUUGCGUGGUCCCUGAUGAAAGGGUGCUCCUCUCAAACAGGUUCAAAUAAGUCAAGCUACGCAUGCACACUUGUGUAUGUGACACAUCCUCAGUGCACACAUUAUUUAAGUAAGACCCCGACUUAAAUACCAUGGUCGACUGACAAAGAUUUCACAACCUCUAGAAAAUUUUUUGAACAUUUUCUUAGGAAAUCUAUUCGAGUUCUCAAUCUGUACAUUCAUGGGUGUAAAGUAUCUCCUUUUCAUCAAAAGCUGCUGAUGGAGGUUGACGUAUGUAUUUCCUGGGCUUCAUGAAUCAUCAAGGAUCAGUGUCGUUGGACUUUUCUCUUUUUGUCAAGUUGACUUGCACAUCGAUCAGGACUCUUGCUGUGUGCAGUUCCUCCCCAUAGCAAUACUCAACCUGUCCUCCUCGUUGUACUGCAGAGCCUCGCCCCACAGCAAUGUUUGAUGAAUGUUGGUUCUGGUUCUACCUGAGCCUUUCUCUGUCUUAAGGCCAAAGUCAAGGCUUUCUGUCAGAGGGGCAACAACAGUAGUGCAAGACGCAGUGCCAUAGGUUACAGUAAGAAGGGGGGGGAGGAAUUUUUGUAGGGGACUUUGAAAAAAAAAAAAAAAAAAGGUUUUGUAAAUGGUUAGCUGAAUCCCGACGUGGUCUGAGAUUCACAUCAUGGUUAAAUGGUGCUUUCCAUUCCAGUACAUGAAAUAUUUCUUAAUUUUGCUUUUCCGUUUGAUUUUCAGAAGUGUAAUAUGACAACAUAACAAUGUAUUGUGUCAGCCUGGCUUUUCUACAAUGGAUUUGAGUUUCGACUAGAAACUCAAAUUAUGCAGGACAUGCACCCUCACACUUAACUCAAGCACACACACUCGAAAGACAACAGACCAUUGGUCACUGAUGUACUCACCGUGCUCAGUGCAACCUCAGCUUUCAGUACUGUUGGUCAACAGAUGUUUUUAGACUGUCAAAUACUGCCACUGUGAGGGGCCAGACACAUGGCCCCAUCAGGAUUUACCCCACUUCCCUUCGCUGCUGUUGAAAUGAUACGGGUUACCACGUGAAAGGUCAUUUGACACACACAGAACACACACCGGGACCUUUUUCAUCACAGUUCUUAACAGGCAAUUAUGCAUAUUCCUCUCAGCCUAUAUUCCACGGUUUGGUGUGGGGCGUAAUGUAAAGGUUUGUUUUUUGACUGUCAUCGUACUGGUAUACUUUGAUCCACACAGGCAAAUGCGUGUCUAAACCUGUUGAAUGUUGCCUACGCAGAAUGAUGACUGAUGAGUCAUUCAUACGUCUUUUUUUCUUUUUUUUUAUGUUCUCUGAUAAUUUGCUCAGUUUUAAGCUAAUGAAUGGUUCUGCAGUGUAGACGUACUGUUGUUAGCACACGAUAGGAAAUGUCAGGAUAAAAGGCAGUGGUCAUACAACGUCGAAUACUCAGAAUACUUGUAUAGAUAAGCAUACAUGUGAUCAGUCAGCGUAAUUACAUUUAUAAAUGUAAUAGCUGAUGGUGUGAAUGUUAUUUGUUUAAAGUGGCUGGCAGGUAUUUGAGCUGCGUGGUUGUUAGCCCUUUCACCCAGUCUGACAGCUAUCAGAUGUGUGUGUAGGAGCAACAUUGAGCUUUGUGUGCGGGAGUGAAUGUGUGCAUGCAUUAGUCGCUACCAGUCCGUCUGUCUGGUCGUCCCCAGUCAGUGCUCUUCUACCAAAAGCUGCUUUUACACAGUGUGCCCCGGUAUAUGUGUAUUUGGGGAUACCUGGGAUGAACAAUAGCAGUAAAUUUAACAUGAUCCUCUCUCUACCACUCUAACCGUACUCAGUCUGAUGUGGUUAAGUAGCUCAGUAGAUUAGGAUGUCCCCUCUUUUGAUUUGAGACCUGCAAUUAUCCUGCCAUUUCUGUGGGUCUUAAUAGCGCUGCAUUAUUUGCUUAUCAUCUUGUCCCCUCUGGUUCACUGCUGUGCUUCAGCAAUUUUGCAGUAUGGAACUUUGUCUUUUUUUUUUUUUUUUUUUUGUAAGCCUUUUCAUUUGUGUGUAUUCUCUGCACUUUACUGCUGCGUGGGUGAGGCGCAGGGAAGGGAGGGACUGACAAUGCAUUGUGGAACAGAGUGCAGUUUUGGCUGCAUGGGAAAGGGUGGAGGUGAUUUAUUUUGAGUGGAUGUUUUUAGGCAAGGAAAGGAGGAGAAUCCCGGGUGGAGGCGGUUAGUGUGGAAGGGACCAUAGCGAACAGGAGGACAUGCCUUUUAGUAUGUGCGUAAAUUUAAUUUCCUAUUUUUUCAAAAGAAAUACACUUUUGCUCCAAUAUGGACCUCCCCUCAAAGUGAAAGCGAUGCUCCUCCUGCUUUGGCGACUUUACACCAGCCCCUCCAAGCUAUGUCUGAAAUACAUUCUUCUUUUAUGUUUGUUCAAGGAGUAAUUCCUCCCCAUCGUGUCCUAUUUCGUCUUUCAGUUUGCCUGAAUGAUUCUCCUCCUCCUUUCUUUGUUAUAUAGAAUGCACUUUCUACUAAAAUUCUUGGCUAGUUAAGAAAAAUAACAUUGUAUAUUCUUUAAAGAUGUUUUAAAAAAAAAAUCAAUAUACUUUUUCCCCUUUGUAUUUUUAACCACUUAAUGUAGCAUUGCGUAUUUUAUUAUUGUAUCUGGUACAAAAUGUGCAGCUUUAUAAUGUCCUGGUUUGUCCUUUUUUUUGUAUGUUAUCUGGAGAGUGAGGAGAAGUGAAAAAGUUGGGCCUUUUUUGAUAAUGUACAUUUAACUGACUGCUAACUUUGAGAAGUAAAAACAAGUAGCCAUGAUAAUCACAUA